AUGGGCUUCAAUAAAACUGGAGAGGCCCCAGUCUGCAUCCAGCAUUAUGAAGGGGGUGGAGGUGAAUCUGUUAAACGGCGCUCAUCUGUUCAGUGUAUUCAAAGCGAGAAACUCCUCCAAGACGCCGAAGAAGCCGCCAGGCUUGAUCAUAGUCUGACCCCAUUGCAGGCAAUCAAGGCCUAUCCCAAGGCCAUACUUUGGUGUCUGGUUAUCUCCACGUGUGUCAUCAUGGAAGGUUAUGAUCAGAUAAUUGUCCAAAGCUUGUACGCCUACCCUCAAUUUCAGAUCAAGUAUGGAAAGUACGUCGGGCGAGGUCCAACCGGCUAUCAACUCAAUGCCGCCUGGCAGGCUGGCUUGACGAACGCCUCGGGAGUGGGUGCAUUUUUUGGUGCUCUUAUCAACGGCAUUGGCAGAUUCCUGGUCAACAAGUUCGGUCAUAAGAAAGUCCUGCUCGGAGCUCUUGUCAAUUUCUCUCGGGCCUACCAUGGGGGGUUUUUCUCUACUGCGGCACCGGCCUACGCUUCUGAAUGCCUACCCAUGGUACUUCGAGUAUACUUUACGAGCUUCACCAAUAUGUGCUUUAUUAUAGGGCAGCUAAUAGCUGCUGGUGUCCUCCGUGGUCUUCAGUCACGACCAGACCAGUGGGCUUACCGAAUUCCAUUUGCGUUACAGUGGGUGUGGCCUGCUUUUCUCAUCCCUCUUGUUGCCAUGGCACCACCCAGUCCCUGGCACGAAGUACGACAAGGUCGUUUUGAAUCGGCUGAAAAGGCACUGCGGCGACUACAGAGUCCGUCUGCAGAAAUAGACCCCAAGAAGACUCUAGCGAUGAUUGUGAACACCAAUAAUCUCGAACAGGAGCUAUCAGUCGGCACUUCAUACUGGGACUGUUUUAAAAGCUUUGAGCUGACCCGCACAGAGAUUGCAUGCAUGUGUUUCAUGAGCCAUCCUCUUUCCGGCACAAACUUUGCAUACAACUCAUCUUACUUCUUUGAGCAAGUCGGGCUAGAUCCCCAAACGACAUAUUCUCUCAACCUUGGCGGAACUGCUCUAGGACUAGUCGGCACAUUGGUCAAUUGGUUCUUCCUCAUGCCGCACUUCGGGCGACGGACUAUUUUCCUGACAGGAUUAGCCACCAUGAUUGUCACGCUCAUGUUGAUCGGUAUUUUGAAUGUCUGGACAAUAAAUAGGCCAUCUAUUGGGUUUUCCCAAUCUGCUCUUUGUCUAUUUUGGACUUUCGUUUUCCAGCUCUCUGUUGGACAGCUUGGAUGGGCUCUACCGGCUGAGGUGGGCUCGACACGACUUCGUCAAAAAACUAUCUGUCUAGCAAGGAAUGCUUAUUAUGUUGUCACCGUUGUUGCUAGCGUUUUGCAGUCUUACUUCAUGAACCCCACUGCAUGGAACCUGUCAGGCUACACCGGUUUCUUCUGGGCAAGCACCGCCUUACUCAUGUUUGUGUGGGCUUUCUUUAGACUUCCUGAGACGAAGAACCGCACGUACGAAGAACUCGACAUCCUGUUUGCGCGGAAAGUUCCUGCCCGGAAGUUCGAAGUGGCAGACCCAAAGUGUUUUAAUCGAGACGAAGAGACAGCAACGACUUAG